CCAAUGUGCAAAUCUGAUCGUGACCAACCCACCCAGAGUGCCGCGAUUUGAAAAUUUUCGGCCGACAGCGUCGUUGGAUCUCACCUCCACAUUUUUAUCCCGGCACCCCACAAUCACAGAUUGCGUGCCCGCGCUCGCAUGCGAGUUGGGUUCGCACGAAGUGGUUGCUGUAUGGGACUCUAGAGCUUUGUUUCCAUGUUUCUGCCGUCGGUUUCAUGAGCUUCAUUAACUAGUGGCUUAUGGGAGGUCAUAUAAAAUGGAAAGAUAAUACGAGGUAUGUUGGCAAUGUUAUCGAUGGAUGACUGUUUUGGGUUCACCUGAGAUGUUGCGAGAGUCACUCCCGAACUCCACAACUACAUCACGAUGGAGACUGUGACCAAGAGGCCAACAUUUGUGGAUAGCAGCAUCCCUAUCGAGAUUGUGGAUGACGACGAAUUGGCUGCUAUCGAGACAGCCUUUCUCCAAGUUUCUUCCGUGCAGUCCGCUCUGUCCCAUCCUAAAACUUAUGUUCCUUUGACUUGUGACCCACCAUUGCGACGAGUGCGCUCGUUAGCGGAGUCUGCCAAUUAUUGGUUAACGCAAUGUCUUAACGUACAAGACCGCGCAAAAAUCCUAGAAGGAGGAACGAAUUCCGAGACUCACAUCGGAGUGCAUUCCACCUCCUCUACCUCUCGUUCCACUGAAAUUUCAUUACACCCAUCUGUUGAGUGCUGUUAUUCACGGGACAAAGCAUUGGAUUCCAAGGAUGAGACAGAAGCUAUUCAAGUUGAACCACCUAGAGGGGAUACUCAUGAGGUAGGCAACACAGUAGCUCCGGAUAUUGAAGACCUACCAUGUUGCAAAGAUGGAGAUAAAAGCCAGGCAGAAGAGGCACCUCCUGAGCCCAAGCCGAGAUGCCUAUCUGUCACGGAUUUCACUGCAUUUGAAUGGUGUGAAAAACAAGUGGAAUUUGCGAAGAGGCUGGGGAAGCCUAAACAGACGGAAGCCAUGAAAGCAGGGAGUGCUCGGCACGCCGAACUUGAAGUAGAGGUAUUGAAAAAGGUAGAAGUAGAAAUUACGUCCAAGGAGGACUCUUGGGCAAUGCGGCUAAUCAAUUUUAUUACUGGUGCACGACAAAUGUUAGCCGAAGGAAUGACGCGAGAGCUGCCUGUAGUUGGUUUGAUUGGAGGGGCAUGGGUAGUUGGUAUUAUUGAUGAACUGAAGCUAUGCGAUCGAGACGGUAUGCACCGUCCCCAAUUAAUAGACACAAAAACUCGCAACAAGCCUACACCACCAUCAUCACCUCAAAAACAGAAUGGAAGGAUGCAGCUCAUGGUGUAUAAAUGCAUGUGGGACAAUAUAGUAACAUCGGGGAUUCCUUUCAACGAUUUCUUUGAGCACUUUAGGUUGCGUCCUCAACACCUUCUUUCGGAGGAUAUCAGGGUUCAUGCAGCAGAAGUUUUUCCAGAUGCAAAGGUCGAAAAUCUGCAAGAUGUUGCUCGGAUGUACUCCAAAGAGUGUAUUACGUUUCCAGAGUCUCACAGCUUGCUUCUCUUGAGAUAUGAAUGGCAAGCAGAUCGAUCAUUGUUGGGGCAGGAUGAGUUUGACAUCGAGCGUGAGUGGUUGGAUCUCCGAAUAAACUGGCACCUCGAGUUCUGGCAUGGGCUUAGGGAGCCGGCCUAUGUACCUGAAGAUGAAACUUGGAAAUGUCGCUAUUGCACCUUCGCUGAGUUAUGCCCAGCAGUUCAAGCACUCAGCCUGGGCAAUGAACCGAAGGCUAUGGAACAGAACACACAAAAUCAGAACUCUCAGCUAAAUGGUGGCAGUGGGCACAGCCAAAAGCCUUGAUCCAAUAUUUCUAAUAGACAAGUUAAAAAAUAGAGUUUCAAAAGUUCAAAUUGAACAUCAAAUUAUGACAACAUACAGCUUGGUAAUUGGGUAUUUACAUCUAUUAUUGGCUCUCCCUGUGAAGAUGGGGACUAUCCAUUAUUUUCUCACUUGAAGUUGAAUCCAACUUGUAUUUGUUAUUAUUGGUAUUUGUACACAAUUUAUUUUAAAUCUAUAUGGUCUUCAAUUGUAAUAAUUGAAGCCUUGUUCUCA